UCGGAAUUUGCGAUAUUUUCCACAUGAGCUUUGACAAGGUUAUACUUGUUUUUUAAAUGAGCAUUGAGAGCCAGCGUACGGAUAAUUCUUCUGGUAAACAUCCACGGAAAUUUUCUCACGAACAACGCCGCGCCAGCACGAGAAUGGCGUCGGCGGUGGUCGAGACAGAAAGUUGAGGCGGUCGUGCAGAAGACAUCCAUGGGUUAUGCACGGAAGUCCGUUGAGGUGGUCAACGAGGUGAGCUUCGGACGAUCGCAUAUUUUGAAUCUGCCGUCGAGUGCGUUGGUGACAGCGGUCGACUUACAUGGCGUUCACAUUUGUCAUCAUGUCGUUCGCGCUCGCGACGAGUUCGGUGGAUGUCCUGUCAAACAAGAUCGCUUCGGAAGUGCAAACGCUUUACGUUGUCGCGUAAACUUGUGCCCAGGGCCCACUGAUGUGAUGAUGUGGUGGACGAGCGAAAGCACGGCACUUGGAGGUUGGACCAUCACGUCCAUCGUGGUGGUCCGUAAAACUGGAAUCGGUGGGCGAUGCUAGGCGCAAGCGGUUCAAGGUGACCGUUGGCCCCCGCGUUGGUUGGUGCUAUGGCGCAUCUGCAGAUGCUGGAGGACGUCGUGCCAUGCAGUGCUGCUAGUUGCUUUGCAUGCGGGCGGGAGGCCGUCGUCGGUCACGGUGUCGCCAACCCAGCAGAGAGUCCGCAACAGCGGGUGGGAUUCCAAACCCUGUCGCCAAUUCGACGCUGGACGACAGCGUGAGCGACCACAACGACUCCAUUCUGGCCACUUUGAAAGGGCCGCACACACCAGGCACAUCACGCGCCAUCGACGGACCCGCUUGACCAAUAUGCACGUGAAGGCACAAUGUGGUGGAACGAUGUAGGAGGGCCAGGCAUGAUGACCUUCUUGUUCACUCGAUGCGCCGGGAUCUGCUCUCUCUCAUCGCGUUCAUGCAGUUUACGGGAGGCCCAACGAGCGCUUCCACGGCCGAGAUGCUCCACCGACUUGAAGCCUUGUCCCGACGCCUCUAGCGCCCGCGCGAGGGUCAUGCUGCGUCGGUGGCGUGUAUACUGUAACAAGUGACCGUCCACCGCCGCCCCCAAUAACGCAAGAAUUUCACAGUCCGUCCCCGAACCAGAUGCUCCCCGUCAGCUGCGAAAAUGGAGCUGACCACGAGCCACUUGGUCUCGUCAUGAGUGGGCAGUCGGUCUCGAUGGCGCGAUCGUGGGCGUCGCUUGCUCCAUCCGCUCGGCGAGCCACUUGAAGGUCCACACAUCACACGAUGUCGUCCGUGCCGACCGUUCGAUCCGCGCCACGGCAGACAGCCAACGGCGAAGGCGAGCAGUACAAACAGUACUGCAAGGUCGGCACCCACCAACACUGUACGCAGCACGAGUGCGCAUCGCGUACGCAAGACGACUGUCCAGGCGCGCAAGGCGUCGUAAAAAGAGUAGUUCCACUGCAGCAAGGUCGGGCAGGUUUAUGCGGAAAUGGAUGGGGUUUCAGUAGCUUGGGCCUCGUGCCAGCCGCGCUGCCGCCGUCUAGGGUGAAGUUUGGGUCACUGGAUUGGAAGCGAAUCCCGCGGAAGGGGGGACGACCCUCGCGACGACCGCAUCGCGUCGAGCGCGUUCGACGCGUGCCAUGAGGUCGAUGACCAGAUCCCGCUCCGAUGCCACAGUCCACCACGACCCAACGUUCCAAAGUACCCACGGCACGUGGUGGCGAGGCCGUCGAC